GUAUAUUUAACAUCAGUAAAGUAAAUUAAAACGUUCUAAAGGUCAUGAAGGAGUCGAAAACAAGUCAUCAUCUUUGUGAAGCAUCCAGCGAUUAUCCACAAGUAGUAACAUCUGUCUGUGAAGCAUCUUGAUGUGCACAAUUCCAUGAAGCUGCUACAAGAGGUUUGGACAUCCCAGUAGAUGCAGAUAGUCUAAGAUUUGUGGAUGUCAUAUUUCAGCUAAUUCAUGUUCAGUCCAUAAACGUAAAGCUUAAUCUAUGCAAUCAUGGCACUAGAAGACGGUUACUCCAUCAACACAACUGAAGAUGACCAGGACAGUGACACAGCACCGCUUCUUGAAAAAGAAGUGCAAGAAAUCAAAGUGCCUCCUAAAUGCUGCUCUGUACGCUGCAAUCUGGCUGUUAUGAUGUUCUUUGGCUUUGCUGUGGUUUAUGGGCUGCGUGUAAACCUCAGUGUUGCCAUGGUUGCAAUGGUUAAUGGGACCAAUGACCAGCCAUCAUCUAAUAGCAGUAUAUCAAAUGAGUGUCCAGCACCGUCCCCUGCGCAUAACAACAACAGCCAAAGCUCAGAACAGCCAGAAGGGAUUCCGAGAUACCCGUGGAAUUCAGAGACACAGGGAAUGCUUCUUGGUGCUUUCUUUUUUGGAUACCUGUUUACUCAGAUCCCAGGAGGUUAUUUAUCAGGUCGCUUUGGAGGAAGCCUGUUUCUGGGUGGAGGUGUGCUGGGAACGGCUCUCCUCACGCUCCUCACCCCGCUGUCAGCUCAACUCGGAGCUAAGUGGCUGUUUGCCCUGCGUGCACUGGAGGGUUUCGGGGAGGGUGUGACUUUUCCUGCCAUGAUGGCGAUGUGGGCACGCUGGGCUCCUCCACUGGAAAGGGCUCGUCUGAUGACGUUCUCUGGUGCCGGCUCUAGUUUUGGUGCAUUUGUGGCUCUUCCUCUCACUGGCUUCAUCUGCCAUAGUCUGGGCUGGCCUGCAGUCUUCUACUCCUGUGGUGGUGCUGGGUGCCUGUGGGCAGUGUUCUGGUUUAUCCUGGUGUCAGAUGAACCCCGAACUCACCCCAGAAUUACAGUCCAAGAGAAAGAUUACAUAAUUAACUCAUUAGGUCAACAGGGGACUGCUCAUGGUUGGUCAGUGCCCGUAUGGUCUAUGCUGUUCUCUAUGCCCCUGUGGGCCAUAAUCAUCCCUCAGAUGUGCUCCAACUGGUCUUAUUACACUCUCCUCACCUCUCUGCCCAUCUACAUGGACACCGUGCUCCACUUUGAUUUGAGACAGAAUUCGUUCCUCUCCGCUCUGCCGUAUCUGGCUGGUUGGCUGUUUUCUGUGGGUUCAGGAGUGCUGGCUGAUAACCUGCUGGAGAAGGAGAUCCUGAGUGUCACAGCCGUACGCAAAAUCUUCACUUUCAUUGGUCUCUUUCUGCCUGCUGCUUUCCUGCUGGCUGUGGGCUUCUCAGGGUGUAGUGGUGUUCUGGCUGUGACUUUUCUGACUUUAUCAAGUGCGUUUGGCGGAUUCAGUGCUGCUGGUGUGUUCAUUAACCAGAUUGACAUCGCUCCACGGUAUGCAGGAAUGCUUCUAGGAAUCACAAACACUUUUGGGACCAUUCCUGGUGUGCUUGCUCCAAUCGUAGUGGGUUACUUUACCAAAAAUCACUCAGUUUCCGGCUGGAGGAAUGUGUUCUGGUUGUCGGCUGGAGUGAGUGCAUUCGGAGCCAUCUUUUAUGUGAUCUUUGGCACUGGGAAGAUUCAGAGCUGGGCAAGAACAGAUGAGGAAUCAGACACAGAUGAACACGAUUAAACAUUUCAGAUCGCCUUAUUACUCCACACAUGUACUACCAGUCAAACGUUUGGACCAACUUCACUAAAUCAUGUUGUUUUAAAACGCUUUAGACUGAUACAGAUAGUGCCUGUAUUGUUAAUUUCAAAAAAGGACGAGAUUCUGUCACUACACUGCAAGAAAGAUAUUCUUACUUAGAUUUUUUUGCCUUGUUUCUAGUUCAAAUAUCUAAUAAUUCAUAACUUAAGAAGCAUUUUUAGAC